CGUGAGCAGCAUUUCGUGCGAGUCGGACGGAGUCGGUCGGCUAUUUCUCGAUCCCUCCGGUUAUAUAGCCUGUGUCUUUGUCUUAUUAUUUUUAAAUUUAUUUAUUUUUUUUUUGUAUUUUAUUAAUUUUUUGUUGUCUUGUUGUUAUUAUUUACCGUGGCACCAAUUUACCGCUGACAUUGUGCGCGUUGUGUGCUCAAACUGUUGCAUUCUCAAUUCGAAGUUGCACCAAAAAGCCAAGCGGCACAAAAUUCAUUGAACUCUCCGUUGAGUUGCAGCAACAGCCGCCACUCACAAAGCAGAAGAAGAAGAGCAGCGCAGAGCAGGAGCCGCCACAGCAUCCCAUUCAGCCAGCAACAUGUCAGACGGCAUUGAAGUUGAACAAAUUGUGGAGACCAAGCCAAGAAGGAUGCCGCAGGCGACGUCGGUCGAUAAGGACGCCAUACGGGAGGCCUACGAGGAUGUGCGCUCCGAUCUCACAGACACCGAGUGGGCUGUCUUCAAAUUCGAUGGGGCGCAGAUAAUUGUGCAUGGGCGUGGCCAGUGCUUUGAGCAGUUCCGCGAGCAAUUUGGCGAUUCGGAGCGUGCCUUUGGCUACAUACGCAUACAGAUGGGCGAUGAGAUGUCCAAGCGCAAGAAGUUCAUCUUUCUCACGUGGAUUGGCCAGGAGGUAGGCGUCAUACAGCGCGCCAAAAUGUCAACGGACAAGGCGCUCAUCAAGGAUGUCUUGAAUAAUUUCGCCGUGGAGCUGCAGGCGGGCGUGGAGGCUGAACUGGACAUUGAGCUGUUCCGCGAAGCGUUGAAUCGCGCCGGUGGCGCCAACUACGGCACUGGCAUCCGGGACAAUUAA